CCUCGGCCGUGUCCAUCAUGCACCAGGUGAGCCGCACCGUGGACAGCAUCACCCUGUCGUGGUCCCAGCCUGACCAGCCCAACGGUGUCAUCCUGGACUAUGAGCUGCAGUACUAUGAGAAGGAGCUCAGUGAGUACAACGCCACAGCCAUAAAAAGCCCCACCAACACGGUCACUGUGCAGGGCCUCAAAGCCGGCGCCAUCUAUGUCUUCCAGGUGCGGGCACGCACCGUGGCAGGUUACGGGCGCUACAGUGGCAAGAUGUACUUCCAGACCAUGACAGAAGCCGAGUACCAGACAAGCAUCCAGGAGAAGCUGCCACUCAUCAUCGGCUCCUCGGCGGCUGGCCUGGUCUUCCUCAUUGCUGUGGUUGUCAUUGCCAUCGUGUGCAACAGACGGGGGUUUGAGCGUGCUGACUCGGAGUACACGGACAAGCUGCAGCACUACACCAGUGGCCACAUGACCCCAGGCAUGAAGAUCUACAUCGACCCUUUCACCUAUGAGGACCCCAAUGAGGCAGUGCGGGAGUUUGCCAAGGAAAUUGACAUCUCCUGUGUCAAAAUUGAGCAGGUGAUUGGAGCAGGGGAGUUCGGCGAGGUAUGCAGUGGCCACCUAAAACUACCAGGCAAGAGAGAGAUCUUUGUAGCCAUCAAGACACUCAAGUCAGGCUAUACUGAGAAGCAGCGCCGGGACUUCCUGAGCGAGGCCUCCAUCAUGGGCCAGUUUGACCACCCCAACGUCAUCCACCUGGAGGGUGUUGUUACCAAGAGCACGCCUGUGAUGAUCAUCACUGAGUUCAUGGAGAACGGCUCCCUGGACUCCUUCCUCCGGCAAAAUGAUGGGCAGUUUACAGUCAUCCAGCUGGUGGGCAUGCUGCGGGGCAUCGCGGCCGGCAUGAAGUAUCUGGCAGACAUGAACUACGUCCACCGCGACCUGGCCGCUCGCAACAUCCUCGUCAACAGCAACCUGGUCUGCAAGGUGUCUGACUUUGGGCUCUCACGCUUUCUGGAGGAUGAUACCUCAGACCCCACCUACACCAGUGCGCUGGGUGGGAAGAUCCCCAUCCGCUGGACGGCCCCGGAAGCCAUCCAGUACCGGAAGUUCACUUCAGCCAGUGAUGUAUGGAGCUAUGGUAUCGUCAUGUGGGAGGUGAUGUCCUAUGGGGAACGACCCUACUGGGACAUGACCAACCAAGACGUAAUCAAUGCCAUCGAGCAGGACUAUCGGCUGCCACCCCCCAUGGACUGCCCAAGCGCCCUGCACCAGCUCAUGCUGGACUGCUGGCAGAAGGACCGCAACCACCGGCCUAAGUUUGGCCAGAUCGUCAACACGCUGGACAAGAUGAUCCGAAACCCCAACAGCCUCAAAGCCAUGGCACCCCUCUCCUCUGGAAUCAACCUGCCGCUGCUGGACCGCACCAUCCCCGACUACACCAGCUUUAACACGGUGGACGAGUGGCUGGAGGCCAUCAAGAUGGGGCAGUACAAGGAGAGCUUCGCCAAUGCCGGCUUCACCUCCUUCGAUGUUGUGUCACAGAUGAUGAUGGAGGACAUUCUCCGGGUUGGGGUCACCUUGGCUGGCCACCAGAAAAAAAUCCUGAACAGUAUCCAGGUGAUGCGGGCACAGAUGAACCAGAUCCAGUCUGUGGAGGUUUGACGUUCACCUGCCUCGGCUCACCUCUUCCUCCAGGCCCCCGCCCCCUCCGCCCCACACGCCGGCCCCCUGGUUCUCCGUCCACAUCCACCGCAGGCUCAGCCACCUGCCAGGAGGCCACGGGCAGCAGGAAGAACCGAGCAGCGCUCCAGCCAUGAGAUGUCACCAGGAAUAUGUGCAACUCAGAUGAUGGAAAAAAGGGAACGGGGACAAAAGGAAACAGAUCCUGGGAGGGGGCGGGAAAUACAAGGAAUAUUUUUUAAAGAGGAUUCUCAUAAGGAAAGCGAUCAUUGUUCUUAGGGGAAAAAAAAAAGGGCUUGGGAGAUCCACGCGAUUUGUCCCAAUCGGACACCAAAAGCAGUUUCUCUCCAACUCCCUCUGGGAAGGCGACCUGGCCAGAGCCAAGAAACAGUUUCAGGAAAACCAAUGUGAAGGGAGAGACAGGGGCCACCCUUCUCUCCCGUCCCUGGGCUGCUCUUCCAGGCCUCACCCAGCAGCCACAUGCCAGGCAGACGGGGCAGGCGGGCAGACGGGCAGCCACCACGGGAACCAUUCCCGCGGCCGCUGGGCAAACCGGAGAAUUUCUGUCUUUGGAGACUAUUUCAGAAACUCCGAUGAAAAAGACUUGUUUCUCCUGUCGGCUCACGGGGCUGAAAGGGGGCUUUUGUCCUCCUCAGUCAGGGAGACCGUGGGGACACCGGAAAGGUCAGCCUUCCUGAGGAUGACCGGCCCCCCAAGACUGCAGCACCACGUCCCUGUCGCACACGCACGGUGCCCGGCAGCCCCGCCUGGAGGCCUGUCGCAGGGUGACUGCCAUCAGCUAUGACUGCCACUGAGAAGGAUUGCUCCUGCAUUUGGGUUUGUUUACAGCAAUUCGUGGACUCGGGGGUAUUUUGGUCAGGGGUGGAUUUGGUUUGGGGGGGUUGUUGGGGUUUUUUUUUAUGACAAUGAAGUGACACUUUGACAUUUCCUACCUUUUGAGGACUUGAUCCUUCUCCCAGAAGAAGGUGCUUUCUGCUUACUGACUUAGGCAAUACACCAAGGGCGAGAUUUUAUAUGCACAUUUCUGGAUUUUUUAUAUGGUUUUCAUUGACACUCUUCCCUCCUCCCCCUGCAGAGAGAUCCCCCCCGCUGCCAGGUCUCACCAAAGCCAACUGCCACAGGGCCCAUCUGGGCCAUUCAGAGACUGAGUGAGGUUUGGGAGGAUGAGGGGCCAGGGUGGAGGAGCCCCCCACCCAGGACUGCUUUUGAAAGCACCAGAUUGAGAAGGAAGCAGGCUGCAGAACCACACACCUUAUCCUCUUCUCCACCCUCCUUGCCCAGUGCUUCCCAGGCAAAUAGGCCCCUUGGAGUUUCCUGAGCGCCCUCAGAUGGCCAGAACCCAGUUUCGCCUCUGGGAGCCUAAGCCGGGCCCUGGAUCAUUCACUGUGAUAGCCCAGCCCUGCAGAGUGUCACCCUCAGAGACAUGCGCAGACGCUCCUUUCCUCUAAGGGGAAAGUGUAUGGUUUCUCUCCGACCCCCUCCCCCCCCACCCCCCACAACUUUGCCCAAGUCUCAAGGUCUUAGCCCCGGGGCGGGGGGCGGUGGGGGGGGGGCGGAAAUCCAUCAGCCCUGGGGUCUGGCCACACACUCCCUCCUAUGAGCGAACAAGCAGGCAUGUGAGCAGAACAAUCGGUUAGUGAACUGAAUGGAAAUAAACACUUUAGUUAUAAAAUGA